AUGGGCUAUAGGCAGUGUUCAAAACUUAAUCUGACACAGAAUCCUUCCUCAUUUCCGAUUCCUCUUCUUGCGCGUGGAAAUCGUUUGAAACGCUGGCACGGAAAAGAAUGGGGGAGAAAGUUGCAUGUAAACGUUGAAAAGUUGAGUCACGGCUGGUUGCACAGCAAAAGCUCCACAGUGCGGAGAAAGACUAACUGCAGCUCGGGUGGCGUAGGGCUGGCCGGGCGCCUUCUGGGGAACCAGGGGGGUCGAGCCCCGAGAGCUGCGGGGGCCUCGGGCGGUCGCCUCCCGGCGCGCCCUCCGCACCUCCCCCGCUCCCGGCUGCCCCCCGGGACUAAUGUAGCGCGCGUGCGGGGCGGCGCGCAGGAAGGGAGGAGGGCCGGGGGCGUGCGGGGCGGGUGGGGGUUCUGGGGUGGAGAUGUAGAAGAUGUGACGCCGCGGCGCGGCGGGUGCCAGAGCAGCGGACGCGGUGCCCGCGGUUGCAGCCGGAGCCCGGGCGCCGUAGCUUGGGACGCGGCCCUUCGGAGAGCGGCGGCCGCGGAAGCACCAGCCCUAACGCCCGGCUCGCGAGCCCCGCGGCGCACGGCGCUCCAGGGCAGACGCGGAGCGGAGCUGCCGAGCGGCGCGACCCUGGGGGCCCGCGGGCGCGGUCGCGCGCCGCCGGGCGGGAGGCUGGGGGGCCGGGGCCGGGGCCGUGCCCCGGGCCGGGUCGGGGGCCGGGGCCGGGGGACGGCGGCUCCCCGCGCGGCUCCUGGGGCGCGGGCACCCCGGCAGGGCCCCGGGGGGGCCAUGGCAGCCGGGAGCAUCACCACGCUGCCCGCCCUGCCGGAGGACGGCGGCAGCGGCGCCUUCCCGCCCGGCCACUUCAAGGACCCCAAGCGGCUGUACUGCAAAAACGGGGGCUUCUUCCUGCGCAUCCACCCCGACGGCCGAGUGGACGGGGUCCGGGAAAAGAGCGACCCUCACAUCAAAUUGCAACUUCAAGCAGAAGAGAGAGGGGUUGUGUCUAUCAAAGGAGUCUGUGCAAACCGCUAUCUUGCCAUGAAGGAAGAUGGAAGAUUACUGGCUUCUAAAUGUGUUACAGACGAGUGUUUCUUUUUUGAACGAUUGGAAUCUAAUAACUACAAUACUUAUCGGUCAAGGAAAUACUCCAGCUGGUAUGUGGCACUGAAACGAACUGGGCAGUAUAAACUUGGACCCAAAACAGGACCUGGGCAGAAAGCUAUACUUUUUCUUCCAAUGUCUGCUAAGAGCUGAUCUUAAUAGCAGCAUCUGAUCUCAUCUCACAUGAAGACAUAGAUUUUAGAAAUUUGUGAAAGAAGAAAAAAAUGCUCAGUUUGGAUAAAUGAUCAGAUAACCUUUUAUCUAACAGUAAAUAUUUAACCAUUGCCUUAGUAAAGAAAAGCAUCCGAGAUCCCUGGAAAAAGUAUAGACUUCCACCUUUUAUAUAGCAUUUGCCUUUAUCCAGUGAAGCUUGUGUAGAGCAACAGUCUUUUUCAUAUAUUUGCUUCAUUUGAAAAGAGGCUUUUAAAAACAAGUUUUCCUCAUGGAAAUUAUACACAGUAGAAAAUUAGUCAUAUAUUAGU